CAAAAUAUGAAUAUAGGUACUAAGAUGAGUAAAAAGUUUACGAGGCCUCCUGUACCCUCUCCUCGUUACGAAUCAGUCUUCAAGCUUAAUGAUCACGGAGUCUUUGGGAAAUAUUUAAACAAAGUUGCUUCAAGCGCAAUCGAUAAGAGUACUGCUACAAGCGGGUUCACGUUUUCCAAAAAUGGGUCUUCUCCUACUGUCAUUUCUACUAAAUUGGAUAGGAGGAAGUUUAGUCAACCAAUAGAGCUGAAACUAACCAAGCCGCUUACAAAGAAGAAUAUAAAAUCCAGCAAUGAUGAGAGGAUACAAGGCUUGCUUGAAAAAUUUCAAAAAGAUUUGAAAUCGACCAAAAGAAGGAGUCUAGAAGUUAAUACUAAAAGAGACCUCCCCAAGCAGAGAACUCUCUCUGAACUCAGGAAGAGCCUGCCUAGGAAGAUUGUUAAAUAGCCACAACAUUGUUCUUUCUGGAGAUAUUCGUUCACGCAUUAGAGGAAGAAUUUUAUUUGACCCAACACAGAAAAAUCCUCAGUUUAGAAGUUGUACCACUCCAAGAACAAAGAGCUUUAAGAAAAUGGGCAAAAGACGGAAGUCCCAUUGCUGCUGCUGGGUUUUCUAAUUUCAUCUUAGCCUAAUCUAACCUUUGAAGGAACCCCUUUUCAAGGUGUAAAAAUAGUACAUCUCUUAAGAAGAAUUCUAAUAACGAUUAGUUAUGAGUAACUU